GGCUCGCUCGAUAGGUUUCAGGUUGCAGGUGUGGCAAUGUCGGGCCCGAAGAACAGCCUGUGGAAGCGGGAGGCGUCGUCCUCGUUCGACACCGACGACGAUCGGCGGACGCCGGACGCUCCCCCCGUCGGGCGGUACUCCAUCUCCGCCUCCUCGCUCUUACAGCACGCGCUGGCCUCCAAGGUCUGGCGGCUCAAGGACAAUAUGCAGCCUGCGAAGCAGGAUUGCUUGGAGUCGAGACGAGAGUCGAGCGAGCUGCGGGAGCAUUCCAGCUCGGAGCUCGACCGAGUCGCACGCUACCUGGGCGUUCUCGCCGAGGAGACGUGGAAACAAGAUCGAGCUGCCGUUGAAGGUGAGGCUGGGAUAGCAACACUUGAAAGCGAGAAGGAGAAGUUGUUCUUCCGCUUGUGGACAUCAGAAGCUGAGAUAUUUAGUGAUGUUCAACCGUUGGUUCAAUCAGCUUUGGAUGGAUUUAACGUGUCAAUAUUUGCUUAUGGACAAAGUCACUCAGGAAAGAGGCACACUAUGGAAGGAUCUAGCCAUGAUCGUGGUGUAUAUGCACGUUGUUUUGAGGAGCUCUUCGAUUUAGCGAAUUCAGAUGCAACUGCUACACCUAGAUAUGGUUUUUCUGUCACAGUUUUUGAACUCCACAAUGAACAGGUACGAGAUUUGGUGCAUGAAUCAGGAAGGAAUUCAUCGAAAAUCUGCAUGGGGUCUUUGGAAUUUUUUGUCGAACUCACACAGGAAAAGGUCGACAAUCCAUUGGGUUUUUUGAAGGUCCUGAAAGAGGCAUUUCAAAGUCGAGGAAGUGAUGUUUUAAAGUCCAAUGUUUCUCACUUGAUCGUCACAAUCCAUAUAUCCCACAACAACUUGAUUACCGGAGAAAACCCUUAUAGCAAGCUUUCUCUUGUUGAUUUGGCUGGAAGUGAAGGGUUGAAUGUGGAAGAUGGUAGUGGGGAACGGGUGACAGAACUUCUACAUGUUAUGAUGUCACUUUCUGCGUUGGGGGAUGUUUUGUCUUCAUUGUCGUCAAAGAAGCAUAUCGUUCCAUACGAGAAUUCAACGCUAACUAGAGUACUUGCUGAUUCACUAGGCACCUUUUGGCAUUGA